GUCACUGUCAUGUCGCUGCUCCUGCUCCUGCUGGCCGCCAUUGUUGUGUUCGCGGUCGUUCUCGUCGUCACAUACCUGACCUACCGAAGGCUCUACGAUCAGCUCCAGUUCAAGCCUCAAGUGCUGCAUGACAGCCCGGUGCACGUCAAGAUAGCGCCAAGGUCUCCCAGCUCAUCAAACGUGCCGUCGAUAAAGAUCAGCCACAGCCUACCGGAAAUGAAGGAGGUGCAACCGGACGUGUCGCCAGACGCAGUGCCCAAGAAGGUGGCUCCGCACCGACAGAUAACCCUGCCCACCGUGCCCACGAGGCACCUCACCUUCCAGAGGCAGCUCUCUCACCGGCUGGACAUGUGCAACACGGUGCCCUUCGAAGUGUGCAACAUCCAGCAGCGGGAGACGCACGGCACGGUGGGUGCCAUCCAGCCCGAGCUGUACGAUAUGGACGGCGGCAACACGACGGACUCCGGUCGAGAUUCCGCCGAGCUGACAUCCAUUACGACGCCCUGCGGCAAGCUCCAAUUCACCCUCAAGUACGACAUGGACAUCGAGGGACUCGUCGUCAAGAUAUUACAAGCAAAGGAUCUUCCGUCGAAGGAUUUCCUUGGCUCAUCGGAUCCUUACAUCAAGCUCUACUUGCUACCGGAUCGCCGGAAGAAAUACCAGACACGAGUCCACCGCAAGAACCUCAACCCCGUGUUCAACGAGUCGUUUGUGUUCGCGAUGCCGCUGGAGGAACUCCGGCACCGGACACUACAGUUCUCGGUGUACGACUUCGACCGAUUCUCUCGGAACGACCUGAUUGGUCACGUGAUCGUCAAACGGCUCUACGAGCUCUGUGACGUUACACACGAGAUGGAGUACAUCAUGGACAUCGCUGGAGUACCACAGGACAAAGUCGACAAGCUGGGCGAAGUGAUGCUGUCGCUGUGUUACCUGCCGACCGCCGGAAGGCUCACCGUCACCGUCAUCAAGGCCAGAAACCUCAAGCCUAUGGACAUCAGCGGAUCUUCCGACCCGUACAUCAAGGUGAUCCUGGUGUGUGAGGGCAAGCGGAUCAAGAAGAAGAAAACGAGCGUGAAGAAGUCCACGCUCAACCCGGUCUUCAACGAGGCUCUCGUGUUCGACGUGCCGCCCGAGAACGUGGACGACGUCAACCUCGCAGUCAAGGUAGUCGACUACGACAGGGUUGGACCGAACGAAUUGAUGGGAUGCUGCGCCGUGGGAACCUUAGCAGCGGGCGUGGGCCGGGAACACUGGCUGGCCGUCAUGGACAAUCCGCGGAAGCCAACUGCCCAGUGGUAUCCCCUUGUGGACAGUCUGCCAGCAGAGCUCGAUCCUCCCAGAACACCCUCCGUGACCUGUCUCAAAUGAAGACAGCCUCAAGUCAACCCUACAUCUUUUUGUGUCGAUCCAUCUUGGGACGACCGCCUGUCAACAUUAUCAGGUUGGCACCUAAAAGAGAGACGGCACGUCUUCUAGC